UCAGUUGCCGGCAAACUAUCGACGUGUUGUAUUGUGGUACCGCCGUGUGCAGCGCGCCCUCCGCGUGCCGUGAUCUCGUGUUCGUUUCUCGCUCUCAAUCUCCCUCUUCGAUUUGCUCUCUCUCUCUCGCACACACUCCGCAAGACCCCGUUAGCCGUCGCGAAGUGUUUUGUGCGCGUGCAAAGUUUCGCUCCGAGUGUUUGUGCGCGCGCGCCCGCGCGUCCGGGUACGCUUCGAAGUGAAACCGAUCGCGCGAGCAGAUAUAACACGUCUUCACUGCCACCUCCGCGGCAACCGCCCGGUAAACACGUGGUCUCCGGCGCACGUGCAUCGAAAACUCGUCCGGACACGAGCGCGCCGGAUCGACAUGACUUUCAGGUGGAUAUUGAUCAUCGGCGUAGUACUGUGGAAGUUUGUGGCUGCCGACGAAUUUUCCGACGCGAAGUUCGUGACAGACGAAAUCGAUCUACAAACGGCCAUUAAACUUCCGUUCGAUGAUCCAAAUUUGUAUUUCGACAACGGUGAUGACGGUUUUCCAGCGUUCGGCAUCAAACCCGGAUCCGACAUCAAGUCACCGUAUCGAUUAUUCUUGCCUGAAAAACUUUAUCCGGAAUUCUCCAUCGUGGUCAAUUUCAAACUCAACUCCGCAAAUGGUGGAUUUCUGUUCGCUGUUGUCAAUCCGUUGGAAAACGUGGUGCAGUUGGGCGUGCAAGUGGUACCGUCCUCGUCCAACCGGAUGAACGUGAGCUUUUUGUACACGGACGUGAACAAGUACUCGUCGGCAUCGAACGUGUUGGCCACGUUCUCAGUACCGUGGAAGACGGGCAGGUUCACGCGGCUGAGCCUGAAAGUGACCAGGGAGGCGGUGGAGCUGAUCGGCAGGUGCUUGGAGCCGCAGACCGUGGCGGUGGUCAGAGACCCGGUGGAGCUGCUGUUCGACUCCGCGUCCACACUGUACAUAGGCCAGGCCGGGCCGCUGAUUAAAGGCGCAUUCGACGGGGCCAUACAAGAGAUGAAAAUCUACGCGUCGCCGAAUUACGCCGACAUCCAGUGCACGGGAACGUUGCAGCCGGAUGAUGACAAUAAUCCAGGAAAUACUGAAGAUCUGGCCAAUGGUUACUCCGAUAGGCCACCAGCUCCUCCACCACCACCGCCGUCAAACGAAAAUCACAGCUAUCAAACGCCGAACAUCAAAGGAGACAAAGGCGAUCCCGGUCAAAAAGGAGAGUCGAUCAGAGGACCGCCAGGACCACCAGGACCUCCAGGCUCACCAUUUUCCGGGGACUUUGCCACGGACGAAGAACUCGUCAAGUCUGGAGUGUCCGGCCCGAGGGGACCGCCAGGCGUGUGCAGUUGCAACCUGACCACAUUGUUUGCACCCGGUAACAUACCGGAACUGCUACCGGGACCACCGGGCAAUCCGGGCGCCGACGGUCAGAUGGGAAUGACAGGACUUCCGGGUGCCGCAGGAUUGCCAGGAGAACGAGGACCAGAAGGCGUCAAAGGAGAUAAGGGCGAACGUGGAGACGUUGGUCAACGAGGAAGCGAAGGCAUUCAAGGUCCCAAAGGAGAUGCUGGAAUGGACGGAGAACGAGGUUUGCAAGGUCCUCCAGGUCCACCCGGACCCCCCGGAGGAUCAGAUUUUUCCAAUAACGACCCGAGUUGGAAACCAAGGCCAAUUUAUAAGGACAUUGGGUUUGAAUCAAACGUCGGGAGACCUGGUCCUCCAGGUCCUAAAGGUGACCCUGGUGUUGACGGUGCUCCAGGCUUAAAAGGUGUAAAAGGAAUCCAAGGAAACAAAGGAUUGCGUGGCGAAGCGGGAACGAAAGGCAGCAAAGGCGAUAAGGGCCAUGCUGGAUCUACUGGACCACAAGGUUUUAAAGGUGAACGAGGAGCACGAGGUUUUGAUGGAACUCCAGGAAUGCCAGGUGAAAAUGCUCGCCCAGCGCCAAAAGGCGAAAAAGGUGACACUGGAACGCCUGGACCUCCAGGGCCUCCCGGACCCGCCGUCAUAUCAGGAGUGAAAAUUGAUAAAUCAGACACAACAGUUGUAAAAACAGUGAAAGGUGAUAAGGGCGUGAAAGGAGAUCGUGGAGAAAAGGGAACGGUUGGUAAUCUGGGUCCAGGAGGAAACCCUGGUCCACCCGGUUUGACGGGUCCCAAAGGUGAACGCGGAGAGCCCGGUUUACCAGCACCCGUGGUAUCUGCCGCCGAUCUAGGAGCACAUAUCAAAGGAGAUAAAGGUGAAAUGGGAAAACGAGGUAGACGUGGAAAGCCAGGUCCUGUCGGUCCACCUGGUCCUCCUGGUGAUAUUGGAUUACCUGGUCUACGAGAAGAUGGCUUGCCAGGUAAAGCAGGAGGUCUAAAAGGAGAAAAGGGAGAACGAGGAGAAUCGGUGAAAGGCGACAAAGGAGAACCCGGAAAAGAUGGCUUGCCAGGUACAGGAGGUACCUAUUUGCCAGUUCCCGGACCUCCGGGUCCACCGGGUAUUCCCGGCCUGUCGAUGGAAGGUCAAAAGGGCGAACCUGGAGAACCCGGGUUUUCUUCAUCGCCUCUGCGAAGUGAGAUGAACAACGACGCGGUCGCCGUACCAGGAGCGUUGACUUUCCCCAACAAAAAGUCGAUGAUUAAUGUAACGGACAGAACUCAAGUGGGCACGAUCGCGUUUGUCAUCGAAGAAGAGGCGCUUUUGGUACGCGUAGCCCGCGGCUGGCAGUACAUUUCCUUGGGUUCGCUGAUCCCAACCGGAACCGAUCCUGCUCCAACGAACGCUCCGAUGCCGACUAGAGCGCCAUUGGAAUCGUCGAAUCUCGUACACAAUCACCCAGCCAAAGACAGCACGAUGUGGCAUCCUAAGAUGUUGCGGAUCGCGGCGCUAAACGAACCGUACUCGGGUAACAUGCACGGUGUCCAAAGCGUGGACUACUCCUGUUAUCGUCAGUCCCAGAGGGCCGGGCUGCACGGGGCAUUCAAAGCAUUCCUGUCGUCGCGGCUCAACAAUUUGAAAACGAUCGUGCACGAGUCCGACAGGGACUUGCCCGUGGUCAACAUCAAAGGGGACGUGUUGUUCAACUCCUGGAACGACAUAUUCACCGAAAACGGCGCCUUUAUAUCACAACAGCCCAGGAUAUACAGUUUCAGCGGCAAAAACGUGCUCGCCGAUUUCUCAUGGCCUCAAAAAACCAUUUGGCACGGGUCCGACCCGUCAGGUUACAGCGCGGUGGAUGGCAACUGCGACGCGUGGAACUCGGAAAGCGCGGAUAAACGGGGCUUGGGUUCGUCGCUGGUGCCCAGACCCGGUGCGCCGGCCAAGCUGCUCGACCAGGAGACCGCGUACGACUGCCGUAACUUCUUCGUCGUCCUUUGCGUGGAGAUCACGCCGCACUCGGGAGCGAUGUUCUCGCGGAAACGCCGUAGCGGCGCCGGCAGGCACGAGGAGCCCAUGAGCCGGCAGGAGUACGAGAGGCUCAUCGACGACAUCCGGGCUUGAAUGGGCUCGGCAACGCCCUCGGGGCAGCGGUUCUCGACCCUUCACGGCGCUCUGUAGAAUAAAAAAAUCCUUGAAAAAUCACCCAAACGGACGCGUAUUGUUUCAAUUAUUUCCACGCUCGAAUUUUGCUUCACCUGAAAGACCACGAUGUGUCCACACGGGUCAAGAAAUCGCUGCUUCAAAGGAUACCACACCUUAUCCAUGUACCCCCUCACAUCCUGAUAUCGCUACAAAAAGCUCGGGGACAUUAUUACCUAACGAUUCUAAUAGUAAAUCCGACUUUGUUUUUCUUCCGAACAGAAUGGUUUCGAUAUCUUUCCACGCUAAAAUAACCACGUAACCACGACCCGUCCGAACGAUAGUUAUUCAAAUAAUAUCUUAGUAAUUAUUCAAAAUUCCCGUGACGUGCGUGAUGCUUUCCGAAAAUUUUACUCGAAGCAGAAUUCUAUCGAAUUCCCUAGUUUUUAACGCAAACUUGUUUUUUUCUUUUCUAUCACGAUGUGUUUCUUUUUCUAUAAUUCUCGAACACUAAUAAGUUUUCAAUAUACCUAUGUAUAUGGUGUAGAAUUUUCGUCUGUGCUGCACAAAUCAAUUGUAGAAUAGAUAAUAUCGAAACGACAAUAUUGUUUACAUUAUCAUUUAAUAAGCAUAUCAUUUUUUUUUUUUUUUUUUACAUAAGGCAACGUUUCCGGCCACGGUAUGUAAUAUCGUAUUAACGUUGAUAUAAUAAACAGCAUUCGAUACGACAAUUAUUAUAUUAAAUCAAAAAAAAAAAAAAAAAAAUAAUA